AUGUUGAAAAGAAAUAAAGCAAAUGUUGUAAAUAAUACUGAAGUAGCUGAAGUUAAACAAACUCCAACACCUUCGCCAAAACCAACGUCAAAACCAACGCCUUCACAAACAACACCUUCAAUGACUCCUGAACCUAUGAAAGUACAAACUCCUGUUCAAAAGUCAACUCCUAAACCGACUCCAACAUUUAAACCAGAACCUACUUCUCAAAUAAAUCGUAAAACUCCUGCGUUUCCUUACUGA